AUGCCUGAGACAGCAACUUAUACCCACGGCCAUCAUGCCUCCAUGCUCCGAUCUCACGGACAACGGACCGCCCUCAACUCCGCUCAAUACCUCCUACCACACCUCCAACCCCAGAUGAAGAUCCUAGACAUUGGCUGUGGUCCAGGCACUAUAACCGUGGAUUUGGCCACUUAUGUCCCCAACGGUCAUGUUACAGGACUGGAAAUGGUCGACGACGUCCUAUCAGGCGCCCGACAGCUCGCCGAAUCGCGAGGCAUCCACAACAUCGAGUUCGUAACGGGUGACGCCAACAACCUGGCCUACGCCGAAGGAUCAUUCGAUGUGGUCGUCUGCCACCAGGUAUUACAGCACGUCGGAGAUCCUGUGAACGUGCUGAAAGAAAUGCGGCGUGUCUGCAAGACUGGCGGCAUUGUCGCAGCGCGCGAGUCCGAUUACUCGGUCUUCAUGUGGUACCCGGAACUGCCUGGACUGCGACGCUGGCAGGAGCUGUACGAUCGGGUAGCUCGGAAGAAUGGAGGAGAGCCUAAUGCGGGCCGGUACUUGCAUGCUUGGGCACGUCAGGCUGGAUUUGAGAAGCAGAAGGUCGAUUGUACUGUGAGCGCGUGGUGCUUUACGAAGCCAGAAGAGGUUCAGUGGUGGAGUGGCACAUGGCAAGAACGCGCGUUGAAAUCGGCCUUUGCUAAGGGGGCUCUAGAUAAUGAAUUAGCGACGGUGGAGGAGCUCGAGGGUAUAUCUACUGUUUGGCGGCAGUGGGGUGAGGAUGCGGAUGCCUGGAUCUCGAUUCCCAGUGCGGAGAUCAUCUGUCGUAAAUAG